AUGGCUCGACAUCGUGCGGUGCUAAACGAUGCAGCAUUUCAUUGCGAGAUUAACGAGGCUGGAACCAGACGACGGUUGCAAAUGAACGGCACCCCGGAAGGACUGUCCACGGGUAAUGUACACGGUUCGGCAAAGGUAUCACCGGAAGAGGAUAAGAUCGAGGUGUUGCCGGACGAUUCUCCUUUGGAUGGGCCGGAACGGUUCGCUGGAGCCGGUAAACCUCUGACCAGCAUCGAAGAUCGAUUCCAGUCUGAAAUGGCCGACAGUAACCAUCGGGUAAUGGGCGUCAACGUAAGCUUCUCGCAGAGCUUUCGGCGCUGGUCGAGCAACUUUGGACGCAGCGUUAAGAACAAUAAACGCACAGUUUAUAACAAAACCAUCCGUCUGAUGCCGUCGCGAAUCCAGAAGACUCUCUCGAUCGAUGGAGAUCUUAUCACGACGAGCGCCUCAGACGUCGACCACAUCACGAUGGAACUUGGCCAACGAGAGCAGCUAAUGGAAGACAACCCGAUCGCGGAACAGCUCCGCAUCGAGGCGAUCAAAUCGAUUGCACACAAGAUCUCGACCAAGCGCCAAAUCCGGGAACAUCUAUCCCAAACGGUUCACCGUCGUGCAACUCGCGCGAAAUCGAUCGGACUCCUGCGGCGGUACCGAUACAGCGCUAAACUGUACGCUUCUCGAGGAGCUAAACUCCUCAAAAGCUACGUCACCAACUUCGAGCUGUUCUACGGCAGCAUGAAGCAGAUCGAGGGCCACUUUGGUAGUCGCAUCAGCGCGUAUUUCCGGUUUCUACGCCGGCUGUUGGUGCUAAACCUUGCGUUGUUACUAUUUGUCGGUUCGUUCGUGACAUUCCCGCAAUUGUUGGCAGGACCCGACGAUACAGGGACGGCUUUGCAGCAGUUUCAUAUACGGAAUUUAUUCACCGGCGAGGGGUUCCUAACCGAUUCGGUGAUGUACUACGGUUCGUACAGCAACCGCUCCUUCACGAUGGUACCAGGCACGGCCGAAUACAGUCUACCACAUGCCUACUUCCUGACCAUCAUCCUUCUCCUCUUGGCCACGUUUAUCGUCGUUUCCAUCAGCAUGGGCCGCUCGUACCGAGUUAGCUUCAUCGAAUCAAGUGCGACGGUACAAAACAUCCUAACGCACAAGAUCGUCUGCUCGUGGGAUUACGGUAUUGCAAACGAAAAAGCGGCUCGUCUCAAACACGCCAACAUCCUGCAUGAGCUGCUGGAUUAUCUCAGCGAGCGGAAUCGAAUACCGGUUCCGACAGGACGUUGGGCAAGGCUCCAAGCAACCGCUCUACAUUCGGUAGCUCACUUAACCGUCCUAGUGAUGAUUGGUGGCGUUGCUGCUAGUCUUUGGGCGCUAUUGAUGCGAUUUAGUGCGACGAGUCACUUCACGAACUGGUCUGCUCUUUACGUUUCACUGGUGUCCCAAAUCGCGACGGUUGCGUUCGGAUAUGCCUGUCAGUUACUAGGCCGACUUGAGCACUACCGACAGACGACAACUCAGAUGAACAUCAACCUGUUACGACGCUUCCUGCUGCAGGUUACGAUCGUUGGUGUGCUGGUGGCACAUUGGCUUACACGUUCUCAUGAUGAAACCUGCUGGGAAACGACCGUUGGUCAGGAGCUAUACCGAUUGCUUGUCGUUGACCUGUUUCUCUCAACUAUACUGCUGGGAGGAGUACGUGCCGCACGUUACCUCCUUCACACCCACUAUGGAAGUGUAGGAUUGGGUCGGUACCUAACACCUCCACCAUUCUGCAUCGAAACACACACCCUCGGGUUGGUGUACAAUCAGACACUGCUCUGGUUCGGAGUUCUUUUCGCUCCACUGCUCGUUCUGCUCGUCACGCUCAAGUUCCUGCUCGUCUUCUACGUGGAUAAGUACGAGCUGAUCUACUUGUGUCAGCCACCAGCCCGGCUUGGCCGCUCCAGUCAAACCCAGACACUCUUCCUUGUGCUCGCGUUUGUAUCACUUUUUGGGGUGAUCAUCACACACGGCUACAUCAUCAUGCAGGUCCCAGUGAGCGCUGGUUGUGGGCCAUUCCGUGGCACUCAGUACAUGUACCAGCUCUUCAUGCAGGGUAUCCUAAAGCUGCGUGAGGAACACCUCUUCUGGCGCGUCUUCGUUUACGUCACCAAACCGGCCAUCAUCGGUGGUGUUCUGCUGACGAUGGGGGUCGUUACGUACUACCUGCGAGCGAAGUCCCGCGCACAGAUCGCGAAGGUGAAGCUGCUCAAGGAGCUGCUGUAUAUGGAGGCGAAGGAUAAGGAGUUUUUGCUCGCGAAUCUCAGUAAGGUGACACGAGGUACCGAUGGAACGAUGGAGCAACUCGAGCGUAUUGAGUUGAUCGGUGCAGGACGUGUUAAUGGACCUGCAGAUCAGUACUACAGCGAUCCCUGCGCUACCUGGCGGUACGAGGAGUCACCACGGCAUGGUGAGGACUCACCUAGCGAUCGGGGACAGGAUAUCGCCAACAUCGCCUCUAGUUCAGGCUAUCAGCGUUUCGAAGAUGAGGAACAAUUACGCAUGAGAAGAACCUAACCCCGGGACGAAGAGGCUGUUUAUUUAUUCGGAAUAAUCGUUAGAUGCCCUCGACACAAACGUGAGCUGCAAAAUGCAGUUAGUAGCAAUGCGAUCGUGAGAUUCUAUUUAUUGAGCGCAUUCUUAGGGACCAAAUUGGGAUAGGAGGCCGCCCAAGCAGCCUUCUUCCUUGUACUAUGAGCGUAUGUGAAUGCAAUAAGCCUAGCUAGCUGAUUUGUUGGUUUUUUAUCUAUGCACCAUUUAGUAGUUUAGUAGGACAAAUAUAUUCGUUA